GCCGCUCCAGCAAUAUGAGUCUGAUGAGAACUAAAAGAGGCUUCAAAGAAAGAGAAAAAUCAUUUUUCUGAGUGAUAUAUAUAUAUAUAGCCCAGAUAGAUAUGGGAUCCAAAGAUGAAAAGAGAGCUGCCCUUAAUCAACAGCUCCGGCAGCUUCGCUCCGCCACUAAUUCCACCGCUGUGAAUAAAGCAUCGAUCAUUAUGGAUGCAUCAAGGUACAUAGAGGAGUUGAAGGGAAGAGUAGACAAGUUAAAUGAAGAUGUUUCAUCUUCCCAACCCUCCGAAGAUGAUACCCAAACCGCGUUACCUGUUGUUACAGUAGAAACCCUAGAAAAGGGGUUCUUAAUCUCUGUAUUUGCAGAAAAGAAUUGCCCGGGUUUGCUAGUCACCAUUCUUGAAGCUUUUGAAGACCUGGGCAUGGAGGUGCUGGACGCUAGGGUUUCUUGCUCCGACACUUUCCGCCUACAAGCUGUUAGUGAAAAAGAAGGAGAUACUGAUAACGUAGAUGACCAAGUGGUUAAACAAGCUGUAGUGCAAGCUGUAAGAAACUGGAGUGCAAGAAGUGGGCAAGAUUGAUAUACUUGUAGACGAACUUGCAUUUUAUCGUUUUCUUUUUCUACUCCUUUAAACUUCCCCCCACCAAAAAAAUAUAAAAAAAACUUAAAAAUUUAAAACAAUAUAUAUAUUUUAAAAAUAUUCUAAAAUUCAAUUCCGAAAAGUGUAACUCCUUUUGGAUUGACUUUGGGUAUACAUAUAUCAUAUGGACUUGAAGGCA